AUGGAUGAUGGUAACGUAAGUAAAGACGGACUAUUAGUUAAAUAUAAUACGUGUAGCAGUACCAGAAAAAACAAGUGCAAAAUGGAAAAUAACAAAAAAAAAUCAAAUGAAAAAUGCUCUGUAAAACAAAUUUGCCAACGUUUUGAAUUACUUAAUAUGAACGAAGGAGGGACUAAAAAAAUAGGAGAGACUAAUCAAGAAAACAAAUUAGCUCAAUUAAACACAAUUAAAAGAGAAAAUACAAUAAAACAGACAAAGCAAGCGCAGCUAAAAAAAAGUCAGAGUUCUGUAGGAGCUCUAAAGUUUGCAAAAGAACAUACACUUUUAGAUGGAGGUCAAAACGUUUUAAUAGACCAUUCCCGACAAAUAGGAGUGUCUAAUCAAGAAAACAUUAAAAGAGAAAAUUCAAUAAAACAAACAAAGCAAGCGCAACUAAAAAAAAGUCAGAGUUCUGUAGGAGCUCUAAAGUUUGCAAAAGAACAUACAUUUUCAGAUGGAGAUGAAAACGUUUUAAUAGACCAUUUCCAACAAAUAGGAGUGACUAAUCAGGAAAACAAAAUUAAAAGAGAAAAUACAAUAAAACAGACAAAGCAAGCGCAGCUAAAAAAAUAUCAGAUUUCUGUAGAAGCUCUAAAGUAUGUAAAAGAACAUACACUUUUGGAUAGAGGUCAAAACGUUUUAAUAGACCAUUUCCAACAAAUAGGAGUGACUAAUCAAGAAAACAAAUUAGUUCAAUUAAACAAAACUAAAAAUAAAAAGACAGAAAAUGCCAAGCAGGCGCGAGUAAAAAACAAUUCGAGUUUUGUAGAUGAUCAAAAAAAUCCAAAAAAUAAACUUGUUCAGUUAAAAGACCAUACACUUUUACGUAAAGGUAAUGUUUUAACAAAUAAUUCACAACAAAUAGGAGAGACUAAUAAAGCAUUUUAUAAAGAAGAUAAUACAUAUUUGUCAAAAACUCGAUUAAAUAAACUGAAUAAUGAUAAAGUUCCAUUUUUCCCCGAUCUUAUAGAAGAAAAAGAAGGUGUAAUAAUUUAUAACGAAGAAGACAAUAUUGACAAGUUCAGUAAUGAAUUUGGUGAAAAUACAGAUUAUGUGAAAAAUGGAUGUGAAGCAAUAAACAGAUUUAUAUUUCACGUUGGAGGCAAUAAAUUGAAGUUUUUGCAAGGUCUAAGCAAUGAAAAAAUACCAAAUGAAAAAGUUCAAGAAUUACCAUCUACAAGUAAUAAGAAAGUCUUUUGCGAUUAUAAAAAUGAAAAAAAUCCUUCGUUACCUACCUAUAUACAUACUUCUGUUCCUAAUGUAUCGACCAUAUCAUAUUUACCAAAUUCUAAAGGAAAUUUAGUUAUUAUCGAUGAUUAUGAUGAUGAUAGCGAUGAUGACGAUGAUGAUGAUGGCGUUGGAAAUAAUGAUGAUGAUGAUGAUAAUUACGAUGAUGUUGACGAUGAUGAUGAUAGCGAUGAUGAUAAUGAUGAUGGCGAUGAUGACGAUAAUUACGAUGAUGUUGAUGAUGACGAUGAUGUUAAUGUUGAUGUAGAUGAUGACGAUUAUGAUGAUGAUGAUGAUAAUGAUGGUAUCGAUGAAGAUGGUACUGUAGUUACUAGAUCCACAGGUGGGAGGAAAAUUCACUUUAACCUUAAAAGAGAAAUACUUUCUGAUAAUCUUAGAAGAGAAAUAGUUUCUGAUAAUAAUGGUAUAAUUAGAAUUAAAAGGGUUGUUGAUACUGGCAAUACAGCUACUAUACCUGAAGAUAUUGUACCAUCUUUUAGUCAAAGUAAAUAUCAACGUCCAACUACUCGGCUAACAUUUAUAAUCAAUGAGAUAAAAUCUACAGAAAAUAAAUACGUAGAAGAUAUGGCCAAAGUAGUAGAGAUAUACAAACCUUAUAUAGAAAGUAAAACCCCACUUUGGCUCAAAUAUAGUGAAAAACAUCUUUUUGGAAACUUUGAAAAAAUAUAUGAACAACAAAAAGAGUUCCUACAAGCUAUAGAAAACUGUCAGAACGUAGAUGAAAUUGUUCAAUGCUUUCUUGAUCAUGAACAGGUAUUUAAAUUGUAUCCUGCCUAUUUUACUAAUAAACCAAAGGCCGAUGCUUGUAGAAAUGCUUUUGAUCCAAUUAUUAAGGAAAUGCAGGAGAGGUUCGAUGAAAAGUUGGAUUUUUUUGGUUAUCUAUUAAGUCCAGUACAAAGACUCGGAAAAUAUAUUCUAUUUUUAGAGAAUAUAGAAAAACAAUUAGAAAAAUUAGAUUUACCUGUUGAAAAAACUCGAGCUGCUUUAAAAAUCGUUAGGGAUGAAAUGUCCAAAGGUAAUGAUUCAGUUGCAAUUGAGUCCAUUAGGAGGAGUCCUAUUAACAACACGGAUUAUGGAUCAUUUAAAAUGUGUGAAAACUUUAAGAUAAGGAAAUUGAAAAAAUUGGAAACAACUAUGGUGUAUCUCUUUACUAAUGUAAUUGUCUUUACAACUGCAGAUGCGAGGAGCAAAGAAAAAUUUUAUUACCACGAUAGUAUAAAAAUGAACGAUCUUAGAAUAGCUACAUUCAAUGAUUUGAGAUUGCAUCUAACAGACUUUACAAACAGUAAGCAAAAAGAGAAUACCAGAGAGUACACCUAUAUUCUAGAAGCUAGUUGUACAAAUACUUGGAAAACUUGGAAAGAUGCCAUUGAGAAGAUUUUAUGGGAUCAGUUGGCCAAAGUUAAAGAGAAUAAUAGAAAGUCAAAUUUACAUGUUAAAAUCGUUAGCGAUGAAAAUUCCAAUGAAAAUAAUUCCGUUACAAUUAUUAAGUCCAUUAAAAACAGUCCUAUUAGAAAAAUGGAUUAUGGAUCAUUUAAAAUGAGAGAAAAGUUUAACAUAAUCAAACCGAGAAGAGUGAAUGAAGUUAUGGUGUUUCUCUUUACUGAAAUAAUUGUCUUUGCCACAGAAUUGAAAAUUUGGGACAUAUCAGGACUACUCAAGAUACUACUUUAA